AUGUCCACCGUCCAGGACUUCAAUAAUCGUAUCGCCGAAACACACUCGGGAAGGACAGAAAUUCAAGAUUUCGUCUUGAAGACAUCGUAUGCGUUCCCCUCUGCGGAUGUAUUGCUUCCUGCGCCGAUGGCCGUUUCUAUCCUCGGGCAACUCACCCUUGUUGCCACUGCGACCGACUUCAAACUCGUGAAGCCCGCAGAUGGAUUCAAACACGUCCGCUAUCCGGACAGCUUUCGCGCCACGAUCACGCAGCUCGUCAACUCCGGUGCACUCGCUCUCAACCGCUCCUUCGUUAACUUCGACGAGAUCAACAAGCGAUGCGCCGCUAUCCGGCCUGGUGUCAACAACAUCGUGCAGCUCCUCGUAGGACACCCUGACAACACCGCUCGCGAGAACGAGCAGGCGAUUGAGAGAUACCUCCCCAAUCAGAUCAAUUCGCUGAGCAGAACGGUAGAAGCAUGCCUGGAGAAGGCAAAGGAAACGGAUCGUGUCUUCAAUCAACUGCUCGAGCUCACGAUGGAGAUUCACGAAGCAUGCACUGCGACGCAGGGAUACAACGAGAGUCGCAUUCGCGAGGCGGAACUGCGCAAGGCCUUUCUAGCCAAGGAGCAAGAGGCAGCAGAAGAGAUGAAACGGAUUGGUGAGGAUGCGGUGAAGCAAGCACGUGAAGACUAUGCCAAGUCGCAAACCUUGUUCAACCAAGCCGUCAAGUCCAUGCCCACAGCCGGACAGAUUGCUGGCCUCAACUUGCUCGAUAUGGGCCAGGGAAUCUUGCACGCCGUGACGUUCGGGGCCGUCAGACGGCCAGGAGCAUCGAGCGGUGGCACCACAUCAGGGCAGCCUCCCCCUCAACAGCGAGUCACCCCGUAUGAUCCCGGGUUUCAGAAGGCCUCUAUGCUCCGCGAGCUCGCAGAGUCGCUGCACAUAUUGCUGACUUGUGGACCGAAUAGCACCCCUAGCUGGAAUGCCGUGAAGGCGUCCGAUGGCACUGGGUGCAUAGACAUCAGGGUCAAGUUCGAGGAAGUGUUAGCCAGUAUCAAGCGGGGCGACCCGAAGAACGGUCGUGCCACUGCCAAGGCAGCAACCUUAGCAGAAAGGGGCAUCGAGUACUCCAAAAAACUUGAAGACAUCGUCCCUCCUGGAGAUGAGAUGCAAAUCGCGCGCCUCACAGGUGCGGUGUCCGCAUGGCGCGACAGCGUCCUGGCGUUCGCAAGCGAAGCGGACCUGCACAGCGCGUCAUCUCCCAUAAGCUCGAGCGUCCAAGCUUUCAUUCCGGCACCCAAUAUGGGAGGCGGUAGUAGUGCGGAGCUCGCGGUCCGCGGCGCACAGUACAACUUAGCGGUGACAAGCGCCCAGCUCAACGCGAGCAGGGAGAACUCGAGGUUUACUUCCGAAAAGCUCAUGCAAGUGACGGGUCAGCUCGGCGACAUCAUGGCGCAGGUCGUCAAGAUCGACAUCAAGAAACAAAAUUGGGAAGAGAUCAUGGCAAUCCUCUUGAAGGCGAUCGACUUCCUUUGCGAGCUGAAGCGGUACCUCAACAACCUCGUUCAUUUUUUCAAUUCUGUCAACAAUCUCGUCUGCAUCUCAAUGCGCGAAGCGGCGGAUGCUUUCAUCUCCAUAGUGAAGGACGCGGCGAGGAUCGAAGAUAGUGCCGGCCACAACCAUGAGCGAGGCACACGACAGAUUGGCGGGGUCACCUUGGAUGCUUGGGCGCGACAGGCGAUAUAUAACCACGCACUUUCUGUAGCCAAGAUCAGCAAGGUCGUGGAGAACAUCAGCGACAUGUACGUGACUCUUUACGACGGCAACGUCCACCCAGGCGUCAACAUGCUCCUCGGCAUGGGCAAGUUAGUCGGUUCCAAGGACCAAGCCGCCAUUGCGGCCGCAGGAACGGAGAUCCAAGGCUGGGCCCAAGGCGCCAGCGACCGUAUCAUACAGCUCGUCAGCGAGCGUGCGCAGGCCAAUGAGCGGGACAUCGAGAAGCGGAUUGCAGAACUUGAGAAGUCGCUAGGAGGUAUCUUGCCACGGUCAUCGAGGAUUGAGGAGAUCGUACGCACCGUAGAGAAGGAAGAGGUCAAGAAGACGGGGCAAGAAUUAGUGGCAACUAUCGAAGAGAGGCCGGUGUACAAGAGGAUGAACCCUUUUCUGUAG